UUAUAACUAAUUGAAGAUUACCAAAAUGGAAGAUAUCUACGAAUUAGUCGAGAUGCAUCCAAGAAGAGCCCAUCGGUGCCAGUUUGGAUGGUCCCAACUCAUCUUCAUAGCAUACCAAAUCGUCUUAAAUAUGGGCAUUUAUUGCCAAAUUGAGGAAUUUGAACAUAAAAUACUGAGGUAUUAUACUCCAUUAUUAGUCCUCAGCAUUAUUGCUUAUUUCAACCUGGCUUACUCAAAUCCUGGUACAGUUAGAAUCAAACCUAUUUACAAAGACAACUUCAAUCAAAAUAUGGAAGCAAUCGAGACCCAAUUCAGGGCUGGAAAUAUCAGUUUCUUAGAGCCUAAAAUUGAGGAAGCUGCUCAUGAACCUAUUCAAACUGAAAUGACCAAUGUGUCUAAUCCAGAAAGACCAAGACACAUGAAGAAGAAGUCUGUUUUAGUUAAAGACCUUGACAAACUUAAUAGACAUCGAAGCAAAUCCCCAGCUGGAGCCAACAGAACCCCCAUGAACAAAAGACCGAGGAAACAUAGCGAUAUAGGAGGACAUAAGCCGAUAUCAUCCAGACUUAUGGAUCAGGGCUCAGAUUACCAUAUGAAUAAAUAAGAGAUAUAAGGAUAGGAGAAGAGUCAUCGGAGAUUCUCAUUUCUACUCAACCAAUAUUAUGAAAUCAACAACUGCAACAAAUCAUCAAGAGACUCUCGGACCAGAUGGAACUGUUAGGAAAGUCCAAAAAUUUAUAAAUAACGAGGCUGCAAAGCAUGAAAAUCAAGAAACUUUAAACAUUAAGGUUGUCCAUGAAAGAGAAGAGACAAAGUCUGAGUUGAAGAGUAAUAAGACAUACGAUACUCUGAAUCCAAGGAGUACCACCUACGAAGGAGAUGACCCUGUCUGUGAUAAGACAAUUGGAGAUGCUACCAAUAUCGACUUAGAAGCUAGAGAUAAUUCGUCGAAAAAGAAACAACAAGGAAAUACCCCAUACUGAAGUGUGUGUCAAAGCCCUCAGCCUCCUAGAACAGUUCACUGCUUUCACUGAAAAUCUUGUAUUGCCAAUUACGAUCAUCAUUCACCGCUCAUAAAUUCUUGAAUUGGGGAACAAAACAAGAAGUUUUUGUUUUUAUUCCAGCUGCUCUUUCUGCUACAAGUCUAUUACGCAAUGGGGAUAACAUAUACUAGGUUGGAGAAAUAAUGUACCAUACCCACCCCACAUAGUCCUCUCCCUGAUAGUGUCGGCCAUCAGCGAGAUGUUCGUGGUACCCAUCUUCGGCACAAUGGUCCUCUACCAGAUCUAUAUAGCUCUCUACUCAUUCAAUACUUGUGAAUUGUUCAAUUGUGAUGGAGAUGUCACAUGUAAGCACAUAUGCUCCUCUCCCUACAACAAAGGUAUCUGUUCAAAUUUCAUUUCUCAUUUCUGAAAAUGGAGCUAUUCACUUAUCAGAUACGAAAAAUGGCAUAUAAAGGAAGCAAAGUAUCUAGCAUAAUGCCAAAAUUCAAUAGAAUAAA